AGCAAAGUGAAAUAUUUACCCUUGCAUUUCUUCUUUCAUCUGGACUCGCACACCCAAAGAACAGAAGUAGAAAGAACGAAGAAAACGAUCUAGCAAGCCAUCGGAUCUCCUCACAUCGUAGCGACCAACUUAUAGGGGUGCUCAAAUCUUUGCACUUGAAUUAGUCGCCAUUGAACUUCGAUACUCUUCAAAAUGGUUGUUCUAGCAGCCUCCAUCAUCAGUAAAUCUGGCAAAGCACUUGUUUCGAGGCAGUUUGUUGACAUGUCUCGCAUUAGAAUCGAGGGGCUUCUUGCAGCUUUCCCUAAGUUAGUUGGAAGUGGGAAACAGCAUACCUAUGUUGAAACAGAGAAUGUGCGCUAUGUGUAUCAGCCAAUUGAGAGCUUAUAUCUGCUACUUGUCACAAACAAACAAAGCAAUAUUCUUGAGGAUCUUGAUACACUGAGACUUCUUUCGAAAGUUAUCCCUGAGUUUUCAGCCUCUCUAGAUGAAGAAGGCAUUUGCAAGUAUGCUUUUGAGCUGAUUUUUGCUUUUGAUGAAGUCAUUUCCCUUGGGCACAAGGAAAAUGUAACUGUUGCCCAAGUGAAACAAUACAUUGAGAUGGAAAGUCAUGAAGAAAGACUACACAAAUUGGUAUUACAAAGCAAAAUCAAUGAAACCAAAGAUGUAAUGAAACGUAAAGCCAAUGAAAUCGACAAAAGCAAGAUUGAAAGGGGCAAAAUGGACAAAGGAGGGUAUUCAUCUUUACAAUCAAUGGGUUCCAUGGGUUCAGUAGGAAGAAUGGAUAGUGGGUUUGGUAAUGAUACUGGCAUAUCAAGUGGCAACAACUUUGGAAGUGGUUCUGGAUUUGGAUUAAGCUCUGAUAUUGACUCCUUUUCAACCAAAUCUAAAGGUAAACCAAGUGCAGCUGUUAGUGCACCAAGUAAAGGAAUGGGAAUGAAGUUAGGUAAAAAUCAAAGGGCAAAUCAAUUCUUGGAAUCAUUGAAAGCUGAAGGUGAAGUGAUUGUGGAAGAUGUCCGCCCGAGUGGUGGCAAAAAUCCGGGCAGCAGAUCAGCUGCCCCACCACCUACUGAUCCCAUCACUCUGACAACUGAAGAAAAACUGAGUGUGACAUUGAAGAGAGAUGGAGGUGUCAGCAACUUUGAUGUUCAAGGAACUUUGUCUCUUCAAGUACUUAACCAAGAUGAUGGCUUUAUCCAAGUUCAGAUUGCAAGUGGAGAUAAUCCUGAAAUAAAAUUCAAAACACAUCCAAACAUCAACAAAGAGCUUUUCUCAAAUGAAAACAUUUUGGGAUUAAAAGAUCCUAAUCGUCCAUUUCCUGCUGGACAAUCUGGUGAUGGACUUGGUCUUCUCAAAUGGAGAUUGCAGAGUAAAGAUGAGUCUGAUGUGCCAUUGACAAUUAACUGUUGGCCUUCUGUUUCUGGGAAUGAAACGUAUGUUAGUAUCGAGUAUGAAGCUUCUUCAAUGUUUGAUUUACAAAAUGUUGUUAUUUCGGUUCCUCUUCCCGCUCUCAGAGAGGCACCAAAUGUAAAGCAGAUUGAUGGUGAAUGGAGGUUUGACUCAAGAAAUUCAAUGCUGGAGUGGUCUAUAGUUCUGAUUGAUGACUCAAACCGCAGUGGGUCAAUGGAGUUUGUUGUACCUCCAGCUGAUUCCUCGGCCUUUUUCCCCAUAUCUGUGCGUUUCUCUGCAACAACUACUUUCAGUGACAUGAAGGUUGUUAAUAUCGUGCCACUGAAAGGUCAAGGUCAGGGUGGGUCUGGUCCCAAGUUUACUCAGAGGACACAAUUGGUGACAGAGAGCUACCAAGUUGUUUGAUUAUGGAAGGAUGUUGUUUUUGGUUGGACUCGUAUUAAUGUGUGUUAUAAUAUAGUGUGCGUAAGGAUUUUCAAUUUUCAUGGUCUAUAUUUUCAAAGGAAUGAAAAUAUUAUUAAUCGGAGUAGUUGCAACUUUCUAGACUCAACCUAUUUGUAAUAACAAACAAACCGAGUUUACACCCAUA